CGGCACCCGUAUUUGUGUUGGUAGCCUGUUUGUUUUGGCUGUCUUUAGGCGUCGGGUCGAAAACCUGCUUCAAGCUGUGGCAUCAUGUCUGACAAAAGUGAGCUGAAAGCAGAGCUUGAAAGGAAGAAACAACGCCUGGCACAAAUCAGAGAGGAGAAGAAACGGAAGGAGGAGGAGCGCAAGAAGCAAGCGGCGGACCAAUUGAAAGAUGCUGCACAACACCAGGAUGAUUCUGACCUGGAGAAAAAAAGACGUGAGGCUGACGCUCUUCUACAGAGUAUGGGCAUAACCUCAGAGACCCCUGUUGUCCCUCCUCCCAUCUCUCCAACUACUAAAUCGGCGGGCACACCAAGCGAGGCAGGGAGCCAAGACUCUGAUGGUGCCGUGGGACCCAGGCGUGGAACUCCAAAACUGGGAAUGGCCAAAGUCACACAAGUGGACUUCCCUCCACGUGAGACUGUGUCCUACACAAAAGAGACCCAGACACCUGUCAUGACUCAGCAGAAACAAGAGGAAGAAGAGGAGGAAGAAAGUGCUCCAACUCAACCAGCAGUGGAGACUCAGAUUGAGAAACCCGACCAGAAAGUGGAUGAGGAAGUUUGUGUUUUUCUGUGUAGCAUCCCCCACGAGCUGACAGAGGAGGAAAAACUCCAGAUCCUGCACUCUGAAGAGUUUGUGAAUUUCUUCGACCACAGCACUCGCAUUAUUGAGCGGGCUAUAUCAGAGCACGUGGACCUCUUCUUUGACUACAGUGGCCGUGACCUGGAGGAGAAGGAGGGUGAAAUCCAGGCCGGAACAAAGCUCUCUCUCAACAGGCAGUUCUUGGACGAGCGCUGGUCCAAGCAUCGUGUUGUCACCUGCCUGGACUGGUCCCUCCAGUAUCCUGAACUCCUACUUGCCUCAUACAACAACAAUGAGGACGCUCCUCACGAGCCAGACGGCGUGGCCUUAGUGUGGAACAUGAAGUACAAGAAGGCCACACCGGAGUACGUCUUCCACUGUCAGUCUGCUGUUAUGUCUGCUGCGUUUGCCAAGUUCCACCCCAACGUUGUGGUGGGGGGCACAUACUCGGGCCAGAUUGUGCUGUGGGACAACAGGAGCAACAAGAGGACUCCGGUGCAGAGGACUCCCCUGUCAGCAGCAGCACACACGCACCCUGUAUACUGUGUGAAUGUGGUCGGCACCCAGAACGCCCACAACCUGAUUAGCAUCUCCACCGAUGGCAAGAUCUGCUCCUGGAGUCUGGACAUGCUCUCACAGCCACAGGACAGCAUGGAGCUGGUGUUCAAGCAGUCCAAAGCUGUAGCUGUCACCUCCAUGUCUUUCCCUCUCGGAGAUGUCAACAAUUUCGUGGUGGGCAGCGAGGACGGCUCCGUCUACAUGUCGUGUCGUCAUGGAAGCAAAGCGGGUAUCAGUGAGAUGUUCGAGGGCCAUCAUGGGCCCAUCACAGGGAUCAACUGCCACACAGCUGCAGGGCCUCUGGACUUCUCCCACCUGUUUGUCACCUCCUCUUUCGACUGGACUGUCAAGCUGUGGAGCACAAAGAACAACAAGCCGCUGUACUCAUUUGAGGAUAACUCGGAUUACGUGUAUGAUGUCAUGUGGUCUCCGACUCACCCUGCUCUGUUUGCUUGUGUGGACGGAGUGGGUCAUCUGGACCUGUGGAACCUCAACAACGACACCGAGGUUCCUACUGCCAGCGUCACAGUGGACGGUAACCCGGCUCUCAACAGGGUCAGAUGGGCUCAUUCUGGCAAAGAAAUCGCUGUGGGAGACUCUGAUGGACGAGUUCUCGUGUAUGAUGUUGGAGAGCAAACUGCGGUUCCACGAAACGACGAGUGGACCCGUUUCGUUCGCACGCUGUCGGAUAUCAACGAGAACAGAGAUGAUGCAGAGGAGCUGGCAGCUCAGCGCCUGGCUGCCUGAUCUACUCGCCACGGAAAAAGGCGAUGUUUAAGGGACCAGUGGCGCGCUUGUUAAUAUCAACCCUGUUUCUGAUGGAAGGGAAUUAUUUGACGACAUGACCGGAGAGAAAAAAGAUGAAGUUUUGAUCACAAAGAAGUAUGGACAUCGUUGGAUUUCUUAGACCUUCUUAUUUGGACAAACCUGCCUUCUCAGUUAGCCUGACUGUCACAGGUCUUCCUUUGAUUAACACAAGCGACCUCAGACACUAACAUGAAGCCAUAUCCACCAAACACACACCAGUUGUUCCUUUUUUUUUUUCAACCAGAUGCCUUAAACUUUAAUUUUGAUUGUAAACUCAUACCUGUCUUCAUUUAGUGCAUGUUAACUACAGCCUUAAUUUUUGAAUCCAAAAAGGUAACACUCAUAGCGGAGUUCCAUUUCCACCAAAGUUGUAGUUAAGCAAUCACAUCUUUAAAAACUUCUUAUAACUGUAGAACCAUGUUGUCUUCGCCGUUCCUUUUAGACUUUAUAACCUGAAUAUUCACUUGUUUGUAAAAUACUGAAAAAGUCCAAAAUCCAGAAGUCUUUCUACUUUCUAUAUUGCUCUACAAAGCACUGGUUUUCACUUAAUCAGUGCAGCUGGUUAGACUGGAGAUAGUGGGGAAUAUCCUCAAUGCCUAAGAAGCUGAUCAUGUAUGCUGUAACUGCUCAGUGAUGAGUGUUGACAGGAUCUGAACAGAGAUCGUUUGUUUCCUGAAGACUCUUCAAAGCUUUGUGUCAAAACUGAGAAUGUACUUUUCACACAGUAGAAACAAACGGUUUGGAUGAUUUAUUUCAAUAAAAUACAAUAAAUACAUUU